UUAGUCUCACAGUGCGCGGUCACUUAUUUUUCAUUCGCUUUUUUUAUCCACGUUAUCGUUCGUUACUUAUUCCAUUCUGCAAUCCGCGUUCGCCGCUCACCGCCUACGAAACGCAAAACGCUGCUGUGGAUACUUGUUGCCGAGCUUGCCGGGUAACCGACUCUAGACUACGCUUUGCUUCGUCAAAGCACGACAAUAUACAGAAUUAUACAACGGGACGUAUUUUUUUCUGUUGUACCGAAUAACUGUGUGAAGCAGUAGUCAAGUAGUUUUGACUAAUAUAAAUAAAGCGACUUUGCAACAAACAAAAUGGACAACUAUCACAAACCAGAGGCUAAGACAAUUCAAGAACUCAAGGACAUUGCAAAUAAAUUGAGAAUUCAUUCCAUCGAGGCGACCCAGGCGAGUAAAUCCGGGCAUCCAACAUCAUGUUCGUCCAUGGCAGAAGUAAUGUCGGUUCUGUUCUUCCACACGAUGCGUUACAAAGUUUCCGCACCCCGCGAUCCGAGCAGCGAUCGCUUCGUCCUGAGCAAGGGACACGCAGCGCCGAUUUUGUACGCGGCCUGGGCCGAGGCCGGUCUCUUUCCGACGAGCGAGUUGCUGAAUUUGCGGAAGUUUGGAAACGAUCUCGAGGGACAUCCUACUCCGAGGCUGAGCUUCGUUGACGUCGGGACUGGCUCUCUGGGCCAGGGACUUUCCGUUGCCGCUGGAAUGGCCUACGUAGGCAAAAAUUUUGACAAGGCAAGCUAUCGGGUUUACACGCUCAUCGGUGAUGGAGAAUCCGCGGAAGGUUCCAUCUGGGAAGCACUUCAUUUCGCUUCGUAUUACAAGCUGGACAAUCUGUGCGUUAUAUUUGACGUGAAUCGUCUCGGGCAGAGUGAGCCAACCUCGCUCCAACAUAAUAUGGAGGUUUAUCGUAAACGAGUAGAAGCUUUUGGAUUCAAUGCUCUCGUCGUAGACGGUCACGAUGUUGAAGAACUCGUCAAGGCUUUCCACGAGGCUCAAACAACGAAAGGGAGACCAACGGCGAUCAUUGCGAAAACAUUCAAGGGUAAAAACUUUCCGAACAUAGAAGAUCUUGAAAAUUGGCAUGGAAAAGCGCUGGGCAAGAAUGCGGAGGAGGUACUGAAGCAUUUGACCUCGACGUUGAAAAAUCCCGGACCUCUGGGUCUCCAUCCACAAAAACCUCUCGUCGAGGACGCUCCGGCCGUCGACAUAACGAACAUAAAACUCGAUUCACCACCAAAUUAUAAACUGGGUGAGGAGGUUGCGACGCGUUUGGCCUACGGAACGGCCCUGGCCAAGAUUGCCAAAAACAAUUCACGCGUUAUCGCUCUCGAUGGUGACACGAAAAAUUCAACGUUCGCCGAUAAAAUAAAAACCGUUGAUCCUUCGCGUUUCGUCGAGUGUUUCAUCGCUGAACAAAAUUUGGUUGGUGUCGCAAUCGGAGCAGCUUGCCGAGACCGAACCGUCCCCUUCGUUUCUGCAUUUGCGACAUUCUUCACUCGCGCCUUCGAUCAGAUUCGAAUGGGAGCGAUAUCGCAAUCGAACGUCAACUUUGUUGGUUCGCACUGCGGCGUGUCGAUCGGUGAGGACGGUCCGUCGCAGAUGGGACUCGAGGACAUAGCCAUGUUCCGAUCGAUCCCCGGUUCUACCGUGUUUUAUCCUUGCGACGCCGUUUCGACGGAACGGGCGGUCGAGAUUGCGGCCAACACAAAGGGCAUUUGUUUCAUCCGUACUUCGCGUCCAAACACCGCCGUCUUGUACAAGAACGACGAGGUCUUUGUUGCUGGCAAGGCCAAAGUAGUGAAAUCAACGGGAAAGGAUCGCGCGUUGCUAAUCGGGGCUGGAAUAACGGUCCACGAGGCGUUGAAGGCCGCUGAAGAAUUGGCAAAGACGGGUGUCAACGUCAGAGUUCUCGAUCCGUUUACAAUUAAGCCGCUCGAUGCCGCAACGAUAAUCAAUAACGCCAAACAAGUUGGUGGCCGGAUCAUAACCAUCGAAGAUCAUUAUCCCGAGGGUGGCCUCGGGGAUGCUGUCGCGUCCGCGGUUUCAAUGGAGCCAAACAUUCUCGUUAAAAAAUUGGCAGUUCCUUCGGUACCUCGUUCCGGACCGCCGGCAGUUCUCGUCGAUGCUUUUGGAAUCAGCGCGCGUGCCAUCGUCGCCGCCGUCCAACAAAUCCUCGAUGUAUGAUCUGACUACUUUAGCCCUUGACCCACCUCAUGUUUUCUUAUUUCAUCAGCCUGCCUGCGCAUGUGAACGCGUGGACAAAUUCAAUCAUACGAAUUAGAAACAAUAGAACCGGCAGCUCGGGCUCUCGUGGGCUGGCCCUUCCGAUUGCGCCAAAUUCCAUUUUUUACGCCCCUUUCCUGCCGCGUUGUGUUCGCCCGCUGUCUUCCCAAUUACAACUGAUAAAACGUGCGCAUGUCGUACGUUUUUUCUUUUUCACUUUGUCUACAAAAUAGAAAAGUAUUUCAGUUGAAAUAAGCGAGCCUUGUUUUGUGUCAACCGGCCUCUACAUUUUGUUAUUCGAUGCCUUAUUAUAUUCACACGUUUUUACUUCCGACAGAAUUUAUAUGUAACAUACAGAUUUGUAUAUAUAAAGAUAUGCUAUAUUUUUUUCAAUAUUUUCGUACACAAUGUUCAUAAAAAAGAUGAAAACAAAGACAGUUAUAAACUCAUCGAGGGGAUGGAAUGUGAAAUUGGAAAAGAAAAUUUUGUAAUAUUUUAUGAAUGUCUACUUGUUGCCAAUGGGGUAGAAAAUGUUGAGUGACGUUUGCAUUUACAAUACAAAAAUAUGCGCUCUAA